AUGCUGGCGGCGGCAGACGGGUUGGUCUACACGUGCGUCCGUGCCGUCCACCAGCUUAAUGGUUUCCCGUCGGAGCCUACAGAAGAGAGAGGUCAUGAUAGGAAUCGUCUUAAACAUUCCCCAACGAAGUUGGAACAAGAGGAGAAGACGGAAGAAGAAAUAAAUGCCAUGGAUUGGGAAAAAUUAAAAGAACUGGCGAAACCACUACUACCAUUGCUGAGCCCAAUCCAAAAUGAUCCCACCACCUUGGAAUCGUACUUGGAGGAUACCAUAAUGAAACCGGUACAGAUCUCCAUCAAAAAAGCCCUAAGCGGAUGGCCUAGAUUCGAGGAAUUGUUUGACAAAUGUCUUCAGGAAAUGAGGGAAGAAGAGACCACGAAUACCACACCCGGAGGGAAGGACCAAUUAAGAGACCUUUUAAGACAAAGUGCGGAUUUAUUCCGCACGGUAGGAUCACCCACGGCAGAAGCGGUCCAACGCAUAGAAACUGGAGACCACUCACCAAUCGCGGUACCCCCUUACCGCAUUUCACCUGUGAAGCGCGACCUGCUCCAAAAAGAAGUACAGAAGACGCUGAAGGGCGGCAUCACAGAAGAGCGCGAAUCACCCUGGGUUGCUCCUACUGUUUUAGUACCGAAAAAGGAUGGCGGCGUACGAGUUUGCAUCGACUAUCGGAAACUUAACGCUGUCACUGCCACCGAUUCGUACCCUAUGCCUUGA